GGUUUUUGUUCAUCUUUCUCUCUUGCUCAAACUAAAGGGGUGUAAAAGAAAAAAGGGGAAGAAAAGGGAAGAAAAAGAAAACUCAAGAAAAAGCCGUACGGGCUAAAAUUAGCGCACGCCGGCGACCCGACCCGCCAAAGUCACGCUCCGUUCAGACACUAUCUCCGACCGGCGAUAUUUCCGCCUGAAUCAUCAGUACGAGAACAUAUGUGCGUAUGUUUGGGUGUGUGUUUUUGCAAAAACAUGGGUGAAGUUUGUUUCUACAUAGUUUCAAAUCUUCUAGCAGACCGUUUCUCACUUAUUCGUCAAGAUCUCGCUGUAUAUACACAUGCGUCGUAUAUAAAUCUUACGAUCAGAGUUGAAUUGGAGAAAGAGGUGAUAGCAGAGCUAGGCCAAAUAAAUGGAUGGACAGAAACAAAGAAUAGAGCAGGGAAUCGUCGAAGGAUGUUCAGCCCUAGAACCAAGAGGAUCUGUCUUUGGAAAAUAUUCUGAUGCAGACAUGCUUUUUAAGCUGAAAAGAAUUGCUCUGGAUCCUUGUGAUCCAAAAGCUGGCUUCCGAAAAUCUGGAUCAUUGUUGAACCAAACACUAAGAGUGCGAAAAGUCUUGUCUAUUGGUGACCCUGACUGCCCACGGAGAAAGAGAAAGCUCCAACUUUACAUCAAAGGAAACUUGAGAAACGCUCCCAACCUUCCAUUGGAGACAUUUGACAACAAAACUAAGGAAAAAAAGAGUAGAAGGCAGUUGUCCCAUGCAUCGACUGUUUCAUGCUUUAACAGUUCAGUGAAAUCCAAAAGUUUUGAAAAAAAUGCGGUCCUGACUUCACAUAGCCCAACGAGCUUAUUAACAUUUGAAGAGAGUCUUCAAGAACGAAUGUUUUCAGAAUCCUUUCUAAAUGCUGUAGAUAUGGGGCCUCCUGCCAACUAUAUUUCUUCUGUAAUUGACUCCGAUGAAUCUGUUAAUGGCUCAGACCCCUUGAGCCCUGUGGACCUAAAGCUCACCCCCAUCGAAGCACCCUUGCUUGCCUUGGAUGAACUGAUUCACAAUUCAAAGUCAUUGACUAGGAAAGGAUCAAAGAGCAGGCAUCUUCAAUCACCUCGUAGGUCCAUUAGGUUAGAGAACUUUAUUGAUGACCCCUCUCCAAAGAUGGUUGUUCCAGUUGGGCCUCGCUUUCAGGCUGAAAUUCCCGAAUGGUCUGAACCAGUUGGGUAUGGACAAGCUGAUGGUGGUUAUGAUGAUUCCAGAUGGUUAGGAACCAAAGUCUGGCCUAUUGAAAUGGGCAAUACCAAACUAUCCACUAAAUAUGUUGGAAAAGGCAGAGCAGAGUCUUGCACUUGCCAAGCUCCAGCCUCAGUUGAGUGUGUUCGAUGCCAUGUUCUAGAGGAGAGACUCCGUCUCAAAUGCGAUCUUGGCCCUGCUUUCUCUGCCUGGAAAUUUGAUGAAAUGGGGGAACAAAUGUUGAAGUCAUGGACAGCCGAGGACCAAAAGACUUUUGAGCCGUUGGUGAAAAAGAAUCCACACUCAAAUGGAAAGAAGUUUCUGAAGCAGGCCUUGAAGUCUUUCCGUUCUGAACUUAGGACAACUGUAGUCAAUUAUUACUUCAAUGUCUUCCUCCCAAGACGCAUUAGUAUGCUCACACGGAUGUCACUGGUUGAGCUAGUUGACACUGAUGAUGAUGCAGAGGAUUCUAAUAACUUGCAUUUGCGUGACAUAUGUGAUGGAAAAAGUGUUGAUCCUGGGAGGUCCAAUGAUGUAAAAAGAACCCGAUACUUGCGUCUCAGGACUUGAUCAUGAGCACUGGAAGAUCAGUGAAUAUGGUGCAACCUUCCAGAGGUUUUGCUUGGUAGCUUUGUUAUUAGAAUGCAGUUUAAUUUCUUUUUAGCCAUUCAGUCAAGAGACCCUCCAAC